UACACACUCUCUCAUAGCAAGCAUCUUAGUUCCUUAUUACUACUUCUACAAGAACACAGAAUGACGUCCCACUGGGGGGAUAUGCCCGCAGUGGGGGACACUGAUUCAGCAUUUGCUAAAAUGGAACGAGACCAACUGACCAAACGUCGACCAAUGGAAAUUCAAGGCCCACGACUCUAUCAGACAUUCAGCAAGCAGUAUUCUACUUCCACCAAGCCAGCUCCUCAGGAAAAAUUCCAGAUUGAUCCAUUGACCCUACAUACCAUACGUCUGCUUCAACACAUUCGUAAGAUGAAGAACCUCAUACAACAAGUGACUGCCCAACAUGAAAAUGCUAAACCUGAUGCCGAGUUGACGUUUCCUCCUCCUUUACCAAUUCCAGAAUAUACUGGGCCAGACACCAAACCGAAAAUGACAAAACCAUUUUCUCAUAUGCCUUACACCCGCGAGAGUGUUGUUGAUGUUGUACUUUCAGACUCCAAAGAAUCGUGUCUAGAGCUGAUGACCGACAUAGUCCAAGAAUAUUACAGUCGCAUUAUGAAACACAUGCGGUCGGCUGUGGACAACCAGCUACUGCACGAACAGAUUGGCUUUCCUGACGUUGUUGAGCAAGUCUUCCAUGAAUGUGGCAUCGGCAGUGUGACGGAGCUCCAUGAUUUCUACCAGAACCGUGUCCUUCGUUACCAUGAUAACAUGCUACAGCAGUCACAGCAAUUGGUCUCGGAAUACGAGAAGCUGAAGCAGAGUGGUGGCCCCAAGCCAGCCGAGACCUUCACUUUGAUCAGAAUCCGAGACGAACCCAGUUCUGACAUCCAGUUCCCAGAAUUAGAAGAAAAAGACGACGUUGUAGACACUGAACACUUAUUGCACCUAAAGGGUUGGUACCUUGUCCAGUUGCUGUUGUUGUUGCCGUACUAAGUGGUAACACUUUGUGUUGUUGUAUCAAUCAUCAGUGUCCGGUCGCAAUGCUUGUACAGAUUCCUGUAACGCUCUGUCGCCAUUCACUUCUAGCAGUAUAUCACAAUGCAUUACCAAAUGCACAAAACUACAUUUGUGUGCAUCAUUAUGCAGACGUGUAGGAUAAAAGUGUGUGUGUGUGUAUAUAUAUAUAUCUGACAGUCAAAUAUAGCCUUAUACAGAAAUGUUGACAUAGGAAUAAAUUACAAUAAUA